AUGGCGGUGGUUGUGUUUGUGACAAUAUUGGUGGCCAUGGCUACUGCAGUGGCUGGCGAUCCAUCAGAAGCGACAUUAGUGAAUACUAAACAUGGAAAAAGAAAAUGCACACAAGGUUGGGAGUGUAAUACCCCGUCUCCAUAUUGCUGCGGCUACAAGAUUUCGGAUUUCUUUACGGCCGAUGAUUUUGAGAAGCUUUUCCCCCAAAGGAAUUCGCCGGGAGCCCAAGCAGCCUACUUUUAUAGCUACGAGUCCUUCAUCCAAGCCUCCGCCCUGUUUCAGCCGCAGGGCUUCUGUACCUCCGGCAACAAGACAAUGCAGAUGAAGGAACUUGCCGCUUUCUUUGCCUUUGUUGCCGCCCAAACUUCUUGCGAGCACGCAAGUGCGAGAGGUGGGUUACUAAGCUGGGGUCUAUGCUAUUGCAAAGAAAUGAGUCCCAACAAAAAUCGUUGUGUUGAUGGUGAAGAAGCUGAUAUUGAUUGCCCAUGCAACCCGGGAGCUCAGUACUAUGGUCGUGGGGUCUUUCCAAUAUACACUAGCACCGCAUACUGCCGCACAGGCAAAGCAUUAAAUGUGGAUUUGUUGAACCACCCGGAGCUCAUCGAACAAAAUGCAACUCUCGCAUUCAUGAUCGCAAUGUGGAGGUGGAUGACUCCAGUUUUUGGCGGCCGCGAACUAAUAAGAGGGUGGCACAAAAUAAUAACGGUACCCUCACCACACACUGUGUUUGUCGGCGAUUGGAAGCCAACUAAGAAGGACAUCUUGUUGGGUAGAUUUACAGGGUCAUUAGCGACGACCAUCAACGCCAUGUACGGUGCUGAUUUUUGCGAAAAUCUAGGUAACAACCCGAAAAUGAACAACAUUGCAGAUUAUUACAACUAUUACCUUGACCUCACAGGCGUCAGCAGUGACCAAGCCGGGGACCUCCUCAGCUGUAUGGACCAGAAACCUUUUAACCUGCCCAAGGAUUGGCGCCAGCUGCCUGAAUAAAAUUUGUAUAAUAUUAGUAUGUGUGGCUCGAUGUAUUUCAUUAAGAAGC